AUUUCCAUUGGAAAAGUGCACGUUUCCAUGAGCCACAAUUAUUAUUACUGAAAUUUCAUUUAAUGAUUCAUCUGCCAGAGAUAGUAUACACUCGAAAUUAAUGGCUGAUUUGUUUUCUGUCUUGCAGUCCUGCUACCAUAUAUGGAGUACGAGUCUGUUGGAUGCUUCAAAGACUCAAGUGAACGAGCUAUUGAGAGCGUGGAUGGAGAAUAUCUUUUCGAUUUUCCAAGUGGAUCCCUUCUGUACUAUGAUUACAAAACACGACAACAAGCAAUCCAAAAAUGCGCUGUAUUUGCAAAGCUAAAAGGGUACAAGAUGUUUGGGAUUCAAGAUGGCGGUAUGUGUGUUACCAGUGCCAGCGCUCAUGAAACAUACAACAAAUACGGUGAAUCACAAGAUUGUAAAAGCGAUGGUAAAGGAGGACCCUGGGCCAAUCAAGUGUAUCGUUUCCCGGAAAGAAUGAAUGAAUAACCUGUGGAUACUGACAGAACUUGGAUCCUUUUACUGAAGUCCAUACAACAAAAUGUACCUCAGUGUGUUUACACCUAAUUGCAAUAACGUUGUCAGAGGUCUCAAUGGGGUUAACCGUUAGCUGUAAAACGAGGCAAAAAUUUAGCCGUUAAAUUAGGCAUAAAAAGUGGAAGAUAUUUUAGCAGUAAAAAAUGUACACUGUAAAAAACUGUUAGCUACGAAAGUGUAAAUCUCAAGAUGUCUUGUCACGACUUUUCUGUGUCUUAUCUUUUGGCUUGGUGGUACAAGGAAAAGCUGGGAGACUUAAUAUGUGGCAACAAUUCUUAUAACAAUACCUUUUUCCAUCCCUAGAAUGGUCCUUAAAUAUGUUUUACAGUGAUCACAAUAAAUGUUUAACAUUUUUGAGCAAUGAAAAUUAGUUUUCCACUUUUUAAAAGAAUGGUAAUUAAUUUCUAAGAUUUCUGUUCACCGUAAAAAAAAAUAAGUGAACCGUAAAAGGCCAAACCGCUAGCCAUAAAAAAUUACCACCCUAUUGAGACCCUCUUGUUAAAGAAAAA